AUUUAUUUUUUCCUCUAUUCGUGCACAGCUGGGUCAUCCUAUUCAUGAGAAAGCAUUUUACUUAACAAUGGAGCAUAAAAGGAAGCUGAAAGAGGAAUAUGGAAUUGAACCAUGGACCUUUGUCCAGAGAUUAGGCGAUGCAGUUUUGGUACCAGCUGGCUGCCCUUACCAAACUAGAAACUUCAAGUCGUGCACAAGUAUGUCUAUCGACUUUGUUUCAGCCGAAAGCGUCGGUCAGUGCAUCCGCCUAUCAACGGAGUAUCGGCGUCUCCCCAAGAAUCAUAGUUUUAAGAAAGACAAGCUGCAGGUGAAAGGGUUGGUUCUCAGUGCUGUCUGCCAAGCUGUGCAAUACUUGGACAAGAUUGAUGCAAUUACUUCAAGAAGUCCAUUUGCACCCCCGUUUGAGCAUGGGAAUGUACGCCAGAAUCCAGCUCAACAAGGGGAGAAACCUAGUAUUUUGCAAAUGAGGAGGGAGUUGGAGCGGAUGAAAUCGGCUCUCGUAACGAAAAGCCACCUUUUUCAACCGCAUAUGAAAGACUAUCUCUUAAAAGAGAUCACGCUCCUCACUAACAAAAUAAACUCCAGUGCUGGCUCUUCUUCAUCUUAGUUACACCAUUUUCAAUGGUUAGCUUGAAUAAUAUUUUGACAUUUUCAUCUGUGGAACUAUGCUUUAUUUAUAUAAUUUUGUGCCAUACUU